GCUUGAGUCAUUCUCGGUUUUAAAAACAUUGGUUAUGGUGACCAGAUUUGUUUUUGCCCGCCUGAACCCGUUAUUUCUCUUCUUCCUUCCCGAAAAAGCUCCAUCACCACCUUUUUCCCGCGUCUAUUUGAGAAGAGAACAAUCUUCAUCUCCAAACGCACCUCCAUCCCCCACAUUCUCAGACGCGCAGAGAAUUUCUGGUGUUGCAGGAAGAGAAUCCGAAGCAGAACGCCAUGGAAAAACCUGAGAUUCGAGCCAGUUCAUUCACCGGCUGCGUCUCUCCUCGACGCAACUAUCUCCCUCCUCCGUCAUCAUUCCUCUGUUCUAUCAUUGAGGAGUGUGCCUCGAAGUCUGCCAAUUCGAGAGAUCUUCAGGUUUAUAGCACUGGAGACGUCAACUCAAAAUUGAUCAAGCUCUAUGCUUCAACGCAAGAUGGAAGCCAGUCCUACAUUGUCCAGCAGCUGGAGAAGCAUAUCAGUGGCUUCCUUUUAUUUCUUACUAGUUUUAUCAUCGAGGAGUGUGUCUUGAAGGCUGACUGUUUGAGAGAUAUUCAGGUUCCCAACACUGGAGACGUCAGUGCAAAAUGGAUCAAGCUCUAUGCUUCGGCACAAGAUGGAAGCCACUCUUACACGUUGCAGCAGCUGGAGAAGCAUAUCAGUGGCUUCCUUUUAUCUCUUACUAGUUUUAUCAUCGAGGAGUGUGUCUUGAAGUCUGCCUGUUUGAGAGAUAUUCAAGUUCCCAGCACUGGAUUCGUCAACACGAAGUGGAUUAAGCUCUAUGCUUCAGCGAAAGAUGGAACCCACUCUUACAUGUUCCAGCAGCUGAAGAAGCAUAUCAGUGACUUUCUUUUAUUUCUUACUAGAUUUGUCAUGGAGGAAUGUGUCUUGAAGUCUGCCUGUUUGAGAGAUCUUCAGGUUCCCAGCACUGGAGUCGCCAACACAAAGUUUGAUAAGCUCUUUGCUUCAGCACAAGAUGAAACCUGCCCUUACAUGUUCCUGCAGCUGGAGAAGCAUAUCAGUGACUUUCUUCUAUUUCUUACUAGUUCUAGUGUGGAGAAGCGUGUCUCGAAGUCUGCCUGUUUGAGAGAUCUUCAGGUUCCCAGCAGUGGAGUCGCCAACACGAAAUGGACCAUGAUCUGUGCCUCACCACAAGAUGGAAGCCACUCUUACAUGUUCCAGCAACCAAACACAUGUGGCUUUCCAAUUACUUUGCUGGCAGUAUAUGAACCGCCCGAAGAAAUUGGAAACAUAAAUGUACGGGAGUUGAAUCAAAAUCGGCAGCAAAAUGACGACUAUGAAGAAUUUAAUGGAGACAACCCCAAGCUUAGGGUUUAUAAUGUCAGAAACUGGGUGGAGUGUUCUCGCAACCAGUCUUUGAGGGUCAUUGGAGCAAAUUUUGAAGGAAUGAUUUUGUAUGUAGACCCUCGGCUUGGUUAUGUAUACCUUGAUCUUAAAACUGGAGCAAAGAUUUAUCUUCCUCCCUACGAUGAUGUUGAGAUUGGCUCAGAUGUGAUGGGAACCUGGACCGGGACUCCAGGUUCUACUGACUGCAUCACCUUGAUAUUAGAUCAAUUUUCUAUGAACAAUCAUUUCAUUAGGGCACGCCAAUAUACUGAAAGAAAUGGGUGGAUUUGUGUAGAGUUAGAGUUCAAAAUCGUAGCUGACUUGCCAGAUGAUAGUGAAGACCAAUAUCCAUUGUAUGCUAUGAUCCUUCACGGAGAGAGGCUCCAUAUACUCUGUGGUUUUCAGUACGCUUGCUUCACUUAUCAUGUUAUGGAUUUUCAGUACGAUCUCACAGAUGAAUUCGACCUAUUAUAUACCCAUUUUUCUUUUGUUGAAGAUGGAGAAGAUUUAUACCUAUUCAUGAUUGCGCCACAAGGCCAAUACAAAAUAAUGCAUGUUGAUACUAAGGCGCAGACCCUAAAUCAUCUCCCUGACCAUGUCUUCCCUCUUGAUAAAGUUGUUUACACAGCAAACAUGUUUGGAGGGAAGGUUCUUCCGGCUGCAUGGACAGAGGAGAGGAACAUGAUAUUUGCAGCAGGUGGAUCAUAUGGUGAGAGGGAAAAUGUUGAGUGUGCAAGAAUUUUUCAAGGAGAACAGCGCAUGACGGCACUCAAGGUGUGUCCAGUCUCUACUGCAGCUGCAGCUGAUGGACCAGUGCCACCGUGUGACUGUGUCUGCUGCUUCAUCCGGCAUUAUGAGCCAUGACAGGGAGGAGAUUGUCAUUUAAUCAAGCCCAUGUUAAUGUCUUUUAGGAGGCCUGGGGUUAUACGUAAUGCUCCCAUACUGACAUAACAGUACAUAUAUCCCUCUCUUUCUCUGUAUCAUCUUCUGGGCUCAUCUGGACAUAAAAUAUCACCAUACCC